AUGGAUCUGUCUCUUCUAGAAGGACCCCCCAUUUAUGAUGCCCGAUUCACCAUUCGUCCCCAUCAUAGGAAUCUCCCUCGUAUCCGGCUUGAUCGUUGCACAACAACCGGGAACUCUCUUGCCAACGGCCGCCCACUCCGAAAACCAGGAGCCACUGCUGAUGCUGCUGCUACUAUCCGCACAUCUGCACCCAGACAUCAAGAUAGGACCACCUCGGCGCAGAAUAGGAAUAAUAAUAAUCAUAGUGUCGUGGAAACCUCACCGUCCUUGCUCCGUUAUGACCCGCCCAGACUCACCAGACCGAGAAGCAUGUUCGAAGAGGCUGGAGCGGGACAGGCCCAUUCGCACAGCCCUUCCCUAGGACAUACUCUCCAUAAUAACAACAUGGACAUGGGCUUCGAGCAGCCCCGGAGCUCCUCCAGUCCGCCUCGAGGAUCGUCAUGUUUCCUGCCCCCCGCAGAUCCCCAAUAUCAAUAUCAAUGUUACGAGUAUCCGUCAUCAGGACAGAGGAGACGGGGCCAGAAUUCCUACCAGCUUAUAUGGCUCGAGGACCAGAAGGUGUGGGUUAAAGCUCACGUCUCCUCGCGUUUACAGGCUGAAAGCCAUCACUAUUACCUUGGACAUCGACAACAGCAACAGCUGCUGCAACCGAGCAUGGAGGACAAUAAUGUGCCCGAUGAACCGCCGCCGUCGUACGAGACUAUUUUCGGUGCAAGUCCAUGUUCACGCUCACGCUCACGUCCGCAUCCACGUCCCCAAUCGGAAUCCGUCCAAGGAUCAAGGUGGAUGGCGCUUGCAAGGCGAGUCGGGAGUUCUUCAUCAGCUGAAUGGAAUGUAUGA